AUCAUCGAGUCAAGUCCGGCCUUGAUACUGAAUGCAUUCGUUCUUUUCUUAUGAUCAAACGGUUCACCAAGUAUACAGGUUCAGCGUAGCUCCUUUACUGGAGUCCCGCACUGACCAGCAAAGAAGAAAGUUUGUCUUGUAAAGGUGAAAAGAAGAGAGGGUUUUACAGAUUUCACAAAUGACUAGUGAAGAUGAUUCCGUAACGAAGGCGCGUACUGAGGCAGCCAGAGCAAGAAACAUCAGUCACAAUGUUCGUUGCACCGAGUGUGGCAACCAAUCCAUUGAAGAAUCUCAAGCUGAUGUCGCCAUUUUGCUCAGAAAGUUAAUUCGUGAUGAAAUCCGAGCGGGGAAGAGUGACAAAGAAAUCUUCAAGAAACUGGAGGAUGAUUUUGGGGAAACAGUACUGUAUACGCCAAAAUUCGAUUGGCAAACUGCAUCUUUGUGGUUGUCACCAGUUAUAAUAGCAGCAGCUGCAGGUGGAAUAUGGAGUUACAACAGGCACAGGAAGAAGACAAACGUGCACGUAAUGGCAUUGGAUCUUAUUCGAGGAGUCGCUUUGACUCCGAAAGAGAAGGAAACCAUGCUCGAUCUCUUAACUCCUCCACCUCAAGAAACACCUCUAAUUCGCUGGUUUAAAAGACACUUUUACCAAAAUUAGGUAAACCCAUCUUGUUUUUCACGUAGCUUUCAGGGUUUCAUAAGCCGAAUCAUUAUGUGAUGAGAUAACCAUAUUUGAUCACACACUUCUCUAUCCCUUAAAUAAUAGCGCUUCUGAUUAUCUUUUGAAUCUGUCAUUUGUGACAACAAACAAGUAUAAUUGAAUUUGUCAUGUCUAGUGGACCACAUGGAUGAACACAACAAGCUCCUUUCGGGUGAUAACAAACCCCAUAUCGCAUCUGUCUUGAAAUGAGGUGGUUCAUCCGGUUUUUGGAUUUGCGGAAAGACAAUAGACUGCACUGUAAUGUUUUUCAGUUCGCAUUUCUGUAUUUUCUAAAUACUCUAUAUUCUUGUGUUUUUUCUUUCCCUUAACUGAUUUUGCCAAAAAUAAAUGUCUAUAUAACAAAUUGAACUGAUAUCUGAACUCUC